AUGUAUAAACAGAUACUUACAUUUUUGAUUUUAUUUCUCAGAUACAUAUUGUCGGAGUUCCCAGACGAUCCUUAUGAAGAUGAUGACACAUCGGACGACAACAAUAGUGAUUAUGAAGGACAAAAAUGCAAUCCUUAUCGGGAUAAAGCUUGUUUGGUUAAUGAUGAAGCAUUAGGGAAAAAGAUUUUUGAAUCAUUUGCAGAAGGUACCAAAUAUUUUACCAUAACAAGUUCUACAAGAGGAGUCAGAUUUGGGUCUGAAGGGUUAGCUCUAACAAUUCAAGAUGAAUUUGAUAAUCCUGCUUUGGUUUCAAGUUUUUAUAUAAUGUAUGGGAAAGUUGAAGCAGAAAUCAAAGGAGCAGCAGGUAAAGGUAUAAUUAGUUCGUUCUAUUUGCAAAGUGACGAUUUGGAUGAAAUUGAUGUUGUUGAAAUAUUUGGUAGUGACCCUUACGAAUUUCAAACCAAUUUUUUCAUCAAGGGCAAUACCACAACUUAUGAUAGGGGAAGAUAUCAUGAAAUGCAUCCUUCUCCUUUAAGUGAAUUCCAUAAAUAUGGUAUUGAGUGGUCUCCAGAUUUGAUUACAUGGUAUUUAGAUGAUAAACCGGUGCGUAUGCUAGGACGUAGAAACAAACAUGGAUUACCUUGUUCACCAAUGUUUCUUAAAUUUAGUCUUUGGAGUGUGGAAGAUGAUGACGAGGGCACAAUUGCUUGGGCGGGAGGAGCAGCCUCGUUUUCAGAAGGACCAUUCACUAUGCACAUUAAAAAUCUCAAAGUGCAAGAUUAUUCCAAGGCACUUACCUAUUCCUAUGGCAAUUUACGCGAUGGUAAUUGGUUGGAUUUAAGGGCUGAUGGAGGGUAUUUGUAUGAAGGACACAAGUAUUGUCUUCCACCGAAAAUGUUGGACAAACUUAAACCAACACCAAAGCAAGAAACUGAUGACGAUCAAGUGUUAACAAGUAGUAAACUGCAAAGAGUAGCAACAACAAUUAGUGAAGAUAAAAACACUGUUUCGUAUUAUCCUCCCUCUGCUACCAAUUCACAUACAACCUGGGAUCGAUUACUGGAAUGGGAAACUGAACAGGAUGAAACAGGAACUGAUGAUACGGAAAACUCCGACAACGAAGAAGAAGAGUCAAUAACAGCUAUACCUAUUUCAAAACUGAGAAAAGGGUCAACAAGAAGGUUAGACAUUUCAACACAAUUACCUCCACUUUCACAGAAUGAAUCUAAAAUUGCAGAAAUUAAAAACAUCACAACAACCAAACAUAUCCAUAAUACAACAACUUCUUUGCAAAUCAGUAAAAUCAAAUCCAAGAAGGUAGGGGUCACUACCACAAUUUAUAGCAGUUCAACACCACAAUCAACUUCUAAAUCACGGAUGCCAUAUAAUAUCUUUUUCAACUAUCCAGGGAAAGAAAAUUCAAGAUUCAAAUCAGGUGUUUCAAGUAUAUUGGCCACAUCUUUCAGUAGUGUUGUGAUUGCAGAAAUUUUAGUUAUCGUGGUGUUGUUACUAUAG